GGUAGAUUUCUGACAGUGGAUGAUUGGUCGAUGCGUCGGAUGCAACGUAUGUUUUGAAGCUUUGAAGCUUCUCAUGAGUGGGAUAUCAAACACAGACGGAUGGAUAUAUGUGACACUAUCAGUUCCUGGUUACAUCGUGAUAUCCAAGAUGCCUUUCGAUAUCCACCUUCCUCUUAACGCCAUCGAUACCAUCAAUCAACCUCCUCUCCAUUACCUCCAAGUCCAAGAUGCUCUCAUACUUUCGACGGGGCUUUUCUGGACCAUUGCAUACAUUCUAUACAUCCGACAAGCGUACCGAGAUGAAUCUUAUGGAAUGCCCAUUGUCGCACUGUAAACAUUCUGAUUCCAUAUGUCGCUCCAACUAACAACAUAUGAUAGCUGUGCAAACAUAGGUUGGGAGAUAGUCUAUGGCUUCCGCCUUCCAUUCACUCUGACUCAAAUCCUUGUCUUUGUUCCCUGGCUCAUUAUAGAUGCCUUUCUUGUGUAUACUACGAUGAAAUUUGGGCCAAACCAGUGGAAUCAUGCUCCCAUGGUAUCUCAAAAUCUGAAGACGAUUCUUGGAGGAGGUAUUGGAACGAUGGUAGUUCUGCAUUGGGCCUUUGCAGAGACAUUCCGUGACGAUAUGGAUGCAAUGUUUUGGUCGGCGUUUGUUCUUCAGAUGGUCCUUGGGAUUUCCUCAGUUGCGCAGUUGAUGGAGAGGGGACACAAAGGUGGCCAUUCUAUUGAAAUUUGGUGAGUUGUAUGAUUGAUUAUUUGGCAUUCUCUCCCUACUGAUCAGGACACACAGGUUCUGUCGUUUCAUUGGUUCAGCAUCUGCAAUUUUGACGUAUUGCUGGAGAUAUGUCUACUACCCAAAGGACUACACGGUGGUAGGCACACCUCUAACAGCAUUCCUUUUUGUGGCGGCUGAACUGGCCGAUUUGUAUUAUCCUAUCGUGUUCAAACACCUGGGAGCAAGGGAUGCCAAAAGCAAGGUAUUGUAGAAUGAGUGCAGUAGAAUGCGUUAGCUGGGGGCCAUGGUUCUCAGCGGAAAUGCUUUUGAUUGGCUGAACACCGCGGCAACAUUUAGAUAGUCGCGCACCGGGCCCAGACUAAGGCGAGAUUGUUCGAAAUUGGUAAUCUUUAUUGCUCUGCUCGUA